GCAAUUCAAAUCCUCAGAAAAAUGCGCAGCAAGAAGCGGCCAUGGCGAGAAACUCCUGCUUUAGAGGGUCAAGAGGAUGAUUCAAAGCUGCCGCUCUCUCUACUGGAUCGCGCGGUGCCGUGGAAGGCACAGUCAUGGAAGCAAAUGGCGGGUAUUGGCGGGCUAGCCGGCGAGUUUCGGGUUGGAACCUCGGGCUACAUCUACAAGCACUGGAGGGGUGUCGUGUAUCCCCGGAGUUCGGCUCAGAAGGACUGGUUUCGACUCUACACGAAUCUGUUCGACACGGUGGAGAUCAACAACACGUUUUAUCGCCUUCCAGAGCGCAAAGUUUUUCAGGAGUGGCACGAUCAAGCUCCAGAGAAUUUUUGCUACGCUCUCAAGUAUAGUAGGUUUGGAACACAUAUGAAGCGCCUUAAAGACCCCGAGAAUCACGUAAACUUGUUUCUCGAUCGCUCGGUUCCACUCCACGCAACUUGUGGACCAGUUCUAGUGCAGCUGCCACCGAAAUUCAAGCUGGAAUUGGAGCGGCUGAAGGAAUUUCUCGACAGGCUUCCAACAAAUAUCCGCUGGGCGGUCGAAGUACGAGACUCGAGGUGGCUAUGUGACGACGUCUACGAGCUUCUCAAGCAGCACAACGUCGCUCUCUGCAUCCACGACCACGAAGACAUAGUUGACAAGCAUCCAAAGGCAAGCCUUUCUGGUUUCGCGCUCCUGCUCGGUCGUUUUCCACCGAAAGGAUGCAAGAACUUUUCUCUUGUUCUUGUUCCAGGUGAUUACCGCCAGCUGGUUGUACCUGAGAUUCCAUGGAAAGAACUAUCAGCACUGCUACACAGCCCAAGAGCUGGACCACAGCAGCACUUGGAUCCGCGAGCAGCUUGCCAAAGGACUGGACGUGUUUGCUUACUUCAACAACGAUGCCGACGGGAAUGCUGUGACCAACGCACUGGCUCUACGCAAUCUCGUCUGUGGUGGCUCCUCCAGUGCGUGACUUUCCGCCGGAAACAGUACAGUCGCUUUUGGAAACAGUUUUGGAAGAGCUGAGAUUGAUCCGCUCGCACUCCUCCACCACCAAGAAAUCCCGGCGGGGACGCAGAUCCUUCGAAGAAAAAACGAGCUUUCUUCCGACAGUGGUAAACAAACUACGGCGCUUUUCUCUUUCUUGUGAUCGCGGGUUUGCUGAAUCGUGAAGCUUAGUGGAAAGCGAAGCGUGGAGUAAAGCGCCAGGAAAUUCGUGAACUUUUUAUUUUGGUGGGGAUGGAUGAGCACAGGAUCAAGCCAACAUUCUUCUACCGCGCGAAAAGUUUACUUUAAACUUUUGAAGUGUUUGUGUGCGUAACGUUUUUGCCACGUGCUCUGACCAAUGAUUUACUCGGAGUGGAUCUCCGCCGUUGGCUA